UCAUGACAAGCGGGGGCGUGGUUCUUCCUGGACUGCUGAGCCCUUAGCGUACUAGUGUACACUCCAGUAUAGUACAGUGCAGUAGCUCUUGAUCUGCAAGAACAAGGAAAGUAAGCUGCAAAAUAAGAUUUAGAAGUCACAGCUACAACUCAAAUAUGGUUGACCAAGUUGUAUCAGAGUUCAGUAUUCCCCUGGACAAGCUGCAGGAGGUGGAGACAAGGCUAACAGGGGAAUUCAACAAGGGGUUGGCCAGGGAGGGCGAUGAUGUCAAGGUCAAGAUGCUCGUCACCUAUGUCCAUUCUCUGCCUGACGGUUCUGAGGAGGGAGACUUCUUGGCGUUGGAUCUGGGCGGAAGCAACUUCAGAGUCCUCUUGAUUAAGUUGAGGAAAGGACAGCUUCCUGAGCAAACUGCUGAGAAGUUUGUGAUUGACGAUGCUACUAAGCAGUCUACUGGAGUGGUUCUGUUUGACUUCAUUGCAAAGUGUGUGGCGGAAUUUGUCAAGAAACAGAACAUCACCACAAAGCUACCCCUCGGCUUCACCUUCUCCUUCCCUGUUAAACAGUUGAGUCUCACCUCGGGCACUCUUAUCCGUUGGACCAAGGACUUUACAGCUACUGGGGUGGUGGGUGAGAACGUCGUCCAACUGCUCAAGGAAGCUUUCGUUAGGAGAGGAGAUAUUGAUGUGGACGUGGUGGCCCUUGUCAACGACACCACAGGAACACAACUAGCUGUGGGUUACCUUGACAACAACUGUCUGAUUGGACUCAUCCUGGGCACUGGUACCAAUGCUUGCUACAUGGAGCAGCUGUCUGCAGUCGGCAAGUACACUGGCGAUAAAAAUAAGUACUCCCAAGUGAUUAUCAACUGCGAGUGGGGUGCCUUUGGUGAUGAUGGAAGUAUAGACCCGUGGCUCACCACCUAUGACAAGGCACUCGAUGAACUGGUGCAGAAUAAGAAACAGCAGCUGUAUGAGAAGAUGAUCUCUGGCAAGUACCUCGGUGAGAUUGUGCGACAAGCCCUUCUCUCACUGAUCAAGAAUGGAGUUCUCUUUGGGGGAAAGUCUUCAGAAAAAUUUAGCAAAUUUGAGGGGUUUGAGACACAGUAUGUUUCAAUGAUAGAAGCUGGAGAUGUAGCCAAUUGUAAGAAAAUCUUCAAGGAUGUAUUCUCCAUUGAAGCGUCCGAUGAGGACUGUCAGAGUGUUAAGAGAGUGUGUGCAGCCGUGUCCACUAGAGCAGCCAGAUUGGCCGGUGCUGGGGUGGUCGCUCUCGUCAAGAAGAUCAAUAAGUUGGGUGGAUGCACCGUGGCUGUCGAUGGUUCACUGUAUAAGAUGCACCCGACAUUCCGUCAGAAUAUGGAUGAUGCCAUGAAUGAGCUGGCCCCUGGAAACAAGAUCACCAUGAAGCUCUCUGAGGAUGGGUCUGGGAGAGGAGCAGCCAUUGUGGCAGCUGUUGCCUGUAGACUCACAAAGACUGAGUGAAAUAUCUCAUUAUAGAAUAAUAGUUUGUAAAAAAUUAUUGACCAAUUGUGUAAUAACGAUAAUUUCAUUCAAUUCUUGACAGAAUUUUUAGCAAGAAUUUGUGCAUUAUAAUUAUCAUACUUUAAAAUGUUCAGCAAAUGCAUUGAAAGUC